CACUUCCCUCUCCAUUUCACUUCCCUUCCCCCCCCCCACACCCACCAACCCACCAACCUAACCCGCCAUGCAACGAUCUAUACCAUAUAGAAAUUGGCUGUCGUCCACCACCACUACCACCACCACCAUGGGCGGGAGCUCCUCCGCCACCUCUAGUGGUGGUUCCACUUUUUUUGAGUCAUAUUCAGGUGAGAGCAACGAAACCUACUCUAAUGGCAAGAGAAAUCAAGAUAAAAACUCAGGCAUCAGUACGGGCGUGACAAAAUUAGUAUCAGAGAAUGCGAUAAUUGUCAUAGCGACAUGUGGAUGUUGCAUGUGCUAUGUCAUCAAGAAUUUGCUACUAGGGUUAGGUGUUAACCCUACCAUUUUUGAAGUGAACAAGGAAGAUGAAGAAGAUAUGAUGAAGGAAUUGUCAAGAAUUGUGGGCGCCGAUGAACAAAACAGCGGCGGAAUACGGCAGUUUCCGGCGGUUUUUGUAGGCGGAAAGUUGUUCGGAGGACUAGAAAGAGUGAUAUCUACACAUAUUUCUGGUGAAUUAAUUCCAAUACUUAAAGAAGCUGGAGCUUUAUGGCUUUGACUUAGUCAAUUAUAUAUUCUCUUGUCUGUCUUUUCGUAUAUCUUAGGUAAUUAAUCAUUGACAGAAAAAUCAGGAAUUUUCUUACAUCCCACUUUUACUCCAUCUUGCUUAGAUUUUUCGGUGGAACUCGAAUCAUACUUAAUUUUUUUUUUUUUUUAUCUUUUUUCCAAAGGUAUGAUAGGAUAUUUUAAAUGGAAAAAAGUUGAAUAAAAGAUUAUGAUGGCAA